AUGGAUGGUGUCAAACCAAUUCAUACUCCACUUAGUACUUCUGGAGAUAUUUCUUCUGAUCGUAGCACUUUAUUGACUGAUGCUACUGAAUACCGUAAUAUUGUUGGUGCUUUGCAAUAUUUAACAUUUACUCGUCCAGAUCUUGCAUAUGCUGUCAAUAAAGUUUGUCAAUUUAUGCAUGCCCCUACCGGAUUUCACUGGAGUUUAGUUAAGCGAAUACUUUGUUAUCUCAAGAAUACUGCUACCUUUGGUAUAUUUCUUCGGUCGUCGCCUUCUCUACAGCUAUCCUUUAGUGCAUAUCCUGACUCUGAUUGGGCUGGUUCUCUUGAUGAUCGUCGCUCUACUAGUGGGUAUUGUGUCUAUUUAGGUGGAAAUAUUAUCUCUUGGAGUGCUCAUAAACAGAAAACAGUAUCUCGUUCCAGUACUGAAGCUGAAUAUCGGGGUCUUGCCAUUGCCACUGCUGAAAUUAUGUGGAUUCAAUCACUUCUUUCAUAA